UACAAGAUUAAAGCCCGUGCUCUGUAAUCAAGUUUUGGAAUCUCUCCCUCUCCCUCUGGAAGCCUAGAAAGGCGGAGUGCAGACGCUAUUAUUGUUGGGCUGUUCUCACCUACCCUCUUCCUGUGAAAAGAGAGAGGCAGAGGAAGAGAAUUCCCAAUUUUCUUUUUUUCGUCUUUUUUAUUUAUGGCAACAUUCCUGUUUUAUUUGCUGCUUUUGGUCACAUGUCCAUGACGUCACUAAUGAAUUACCUUGUCCUGUCUCAGACAAGAUCUUUGAAUGGUAUGACUUGAACAUCUUGUCUGUUUGCUCGGAUUUUACUGAAUUGUUGUUCUUUACUUCCUAAAUGCUUGCAUGUGAUGAAAGUCAUGACAUGAAACUUGAUUCCUCCUUUUGGUCUUGGGGGGGGGUGGAGAGAGAAAGAGAGGGAGAGAAAAAGGGAGGGAUUGGUUGGUGAAGUUUUCCAGUUUUACAAGCAAGAGUGCCAAGUCAGUCCAACAUUGAGUCCUCUGAUUGCUCUUUAAAACCAACUAGUUUAUCCUUCUGCCAGUGGUGGUGUUCCAACCUCCAACCCAAGUUCAGGAACUUCUUCCUCUAUUGUUUCUUUUUUCCCUUUAGUCUUCGUACUAGACUAUUUUAUGUUCACACUCUAAUUUUCUUGUCUAUAGUUUUUUUCUUUUUUGUAUUCAAAUCUCUGAGCUAGGCUAUUUAAUGAGAUAGAGAAGAGUGUGUUCUUAAUAUUCCUGGAAGGAAAGACUCAUGUAAGUUCUCCCCUUUUUCUCUCUCUUUUGCCAGAAACAAAAAGCACCCAGCGUUCUCUAUGAUCUAGAUUUUUCACAACAAUUGUAUCUCUGCAAUAACCUCACCCGGCAUCUACCUUUUUCACUGGACUCUGUAGUCUGAGACUUGUCAGUACUUCCUCAGCCCAAAAGGUUUCUUAGCUUCUACCUGGACAAAGAAAUAGAAUCAAAAAGCCCAUACAAGAGAUCUUCUUCCCCUUCUCUGCUGAAAAGAACGGUGCCCAUAAGUCAUCUAUGGAGGGCUUAGCUUCCCUUCUUCUACCAGAAUAGUAGUCAUAAGAAUGAAAAUUCUCAGGUCCUCUCAUUAGAAAUUUGGAAUGCUUUUAGUACUGGUGCAAUAAGGUUAGAGAGGGUGAUAGUUGUGAGUUCUGAGUAGGGAUCUAGGCUAUGUGUCUAGCAAUGGCAGCAGGCGCCCAAAACCCGGAAGAGCUGCCGGAGAAACACCUGCGGAAGCAACUUGCUGCUGCUGUUAGGAACAUCCAGUGGAGUUAUGCAAUCUUUUGGUCCAUCUCAGCAAGGCAACAAGGGGUCUUAGCAUGGAGUGAUGGGUACUAUAAUGGUGAUAUAAAGACAAGGAAGACUACUCAACCAACGGAGUUUAAAGCUGAUCAAAUGGGUCUACAGAGAAGUGAGCAACUGAGAGAGCUGUACGAGUCUCUUUCUGCAGGAGACAGCAAUCAGCAGUCCAAAAGGCCUUUUGCCUCACUAUCACCUGAAGAUCUGACAGACACAGAGUGGUAUUACCUGGUUUGCAUGUCUUUCACAUUCAGUCCAGGCCAAGGUUUGCCAGGUAAAGCCUUUGCAAGCAAUCAGGAUAUCUGGUUGAGCAAUGCUCAAUUUGCAGAUAGUAAAAUUUUCUCACGCUCUCUUUUAGCGAAGAGUGCAUCUAUCCAGACUGUGGUGUGCAUUCCCUUCAUGGAUGGUGUGCUAGAGCUGGGUACAACUGAAUCGGUUUUGGAGGAUUCGACUCUCAUACAGCAAGUCACUACUUCAUUCUGGGAGUUGCCCAUCCCUGUUUGCUCUGAGCAGUCUGUAUCCAGUCCUCCAUUGGCUGAAAAGGAUGAAGAUAUCUUGUGCCCUGAUCUUGAACGUGAAAUCGUUGAUACGAUGAUUUUGGAUGAACACAACUUAGUGGCUGAUGGUCAGGCCCCUUUGGAGGGUGGCCCCACGGCUUUCCCUUUUGGUAGUCAUUCUUAUGCCUCUGACAGAGAAAAUGAGCUAAUCCAGGAUCAGGUCGAGGAAUUGCAGGCAAAUAUCUGUGAAGAACCGGACAUAGAUUCUCCUCAUGACAGUUCAAAUGAGUGUUGUCCCAAUCAGCAAGCUAAUGAUUCUUUUAGAAUUGAGGGGCUGAAUGGUGCAUCUCAAGUACACAAUGGGCAGUUGAUGGAUGAUGAGUUCAGCAAUGGUUUACAUGGUUCUUUAAAUUCAAGCGACUGUAUAUCACAGUCCUUUGCGAAUCCUCAAAGGGUCCUUUCUUUUCCAAUGGGUGAGCGAAUAAAGAAUCAUGUCCUUGAUAGCCUUCAAGAU